UGCAGGCGUUUCAGAUGCUUAUUCUGCUUCAGUUCAUGAGUAUAGAAUUCCCCCUAAAGCUCUUCUCGGGUUACAUUCAUAUUGUCCUGUCCAUUUUGAUGUUUCACAUGCUGUCCUUGUUGAUACAAGUGUUCAUGUCAGUUUGCAAAAAGCUAGCUAUCACACAAGCCGACUGAAGGUACCCAGUGAUUAUGGGUCUUCUGAAGGUGCUCAUGAGGAAAAUUCUAUUAAGUCAAACAAGGCUAAGCUCAUCAAAGCAUUAAUGGCUGCCCAUGAUAUCCUCCUUGAAGAUCUGAGAAGGUUAAGCGAAGGAAUCAACCAAGCUAUUGAUCUUACUGGGAUGGAUCCCACAAUUGACCGUGCAAAAUUUGCUAAUUCUUCGCCACUGGUACAUUUGGACAUUACUGAUAAUAGGUUUUCACAGCAACUGUCUACCAGUUCAGAAGGCAGUGCUGAGUCUUUAUCUUGGGACGAUCUGUUAAAUUCUUAUCAGUCUCUGGGAAAUCAGCUCUUACAGCUGUGGAACACGUUUCUGAAAUUUCACAGGGAAAAUAAAACAAUGAUACUCGAAUUUCUACGUCAUUCAUGGGCUAUUGAUCGAAGAUCUGAAUGGUCAAUAUGGAUGGUACACUCCAUAUCUGAGAUGCCCCAUCAGAGUUUGAGUAGCAGAGUUGAAGGAACAAUAAUGCGCUGGGGCACACAUGGAAGAUCUUUAAAUUCGAGGAAGUUAACUGAUGAUCCUUCUCAGACUGCAACAAUGCGUGCUGAACUUCAUAGACGAGGAAUAGCACAAAUGAAGAUCAACAAUAGGUCACUUCAAGACAUGUAUAUAUUCGAGGAUCCUUUGCGCAUUCCUAUUAUUAUUAUAGAACGGAUGGCAAAUAUGGAUCAUUCUCCAAGUGUAAAUUCUUACUUCAAUCCGUUGGAGGCAAAAGCAAAUCUUAUCUUGGAAAACGGAUCUAGAGGCACAAACAAGUCUGGGAGUAGCCCACAACGAAAUGGGCAAGUUUUGAGAGUAGUUGUUUUUGUGCAUGGAUUUCAGGGACAUCAUUUGGAUUUACGGCUUGUGCGGAACCAAUGGCUGCUGAUAGAUCCCAAGAUACAAUUCCUUAUGUCAGAGGCUAAUGAAGACAAAACAUCUGGAGACUUCAGAGAAAUGGGUUUACGACUUGCAGAGGAGGUGGUCUCUUUCGUCAAAAGGAAGAUGGAUAAAUUUUCAAGAAGUGGACACCUGAAAGAUAUCAAGCUUAGCUUUGUUGGCCAUUCUAUUGGAAAUCUCAUUAUCAGGACUGCUUUAGCAGAGAGCACCAUGGAGCCAUAUUUAAGAUACCUGUAUACAUAUGUUUCAAUAUCGGGUCCUCACCUGGGUUAUAUGUAUAGUUCAAACUCUGUGUUCAAUUCAGGGUUGUGGCUCUUGAAGAAGCUGAAGGACAUACAAUGCAUCCAUCAGCUGACAUUUACAGAUGAUCCUGAUCUUGAAAACACCUUCAUCUACAAUCUUUCCAAGAAGAAGACACUGGUGAACUUCAGGAAUAUAAUACUUUUGUCCUCACCUCAGGAUGGUUAUGUCCCCUACCAUUCUGCCAGAAUUGAACAUUGUCCAUCAGCUUCCUUGGAUUACUCUAAAAAAGGGAAAGUCUUCCAUGAGAUGCUAAAUAAUUGCUUGCACCAAAUUAAUGCCCUCACCGACCAUGGUGUGGUCAUGCGCUGUGACAUCAACUUCAAUACCUCCUCAUACGGCAAGAACUUAAACACACUCAUUGGGCGGGCUGCUCAUAUAGAGUUCUUGGAGUCUGACAUUUUUGCUAAGUUCAUAAUGUGGUCUUUUCCCGAGCUCUUCACUUAGUCUUGCAGAAAUCUACAUGGAAGUCUCUCAACUCAGUUCAUUUUGAAAAUUGGCGAAGGUUUUUGGCACAAGAUUUCUGCACCUGUAUAACUGAUUCCUCCAUUGGAAUCAAGAAAAUUUCAUGGGUGCCAAGUUCAACUCCUUUGAAGGUCGAAACUCCUCCAGGUGGGUAUAGUAGGACAAAAAUUGGUGGAUCCUUUCCAACCUUUGGCCAAAUUUUGCUCCAUUUUUCUUUCACAAGAGCAUAUAGUAGAGCCAUUGAAUUUUUAUGGGACCUUGGCCUGUGAAU